AUGGGCGAGGUGGUGCUCAUCUCCCGCCCCGGCGAUGGCUGCGGGGGAAGCGGGGGCGUGGGGGAGUGGAAGGCGGACCAGGAGGAGCGGCAGGGGCAGGUGCUGGAGCUGCUGCUCACGGUGCUGCGCAAGUCGGUGGCGUUGCCGUGCCAGAUGGCGGACGCCGACGACCCAGCCGCCGGCGCGGGGGGCUAUGGGAUGGACAUCGGUUGGCCCACCGACGUCCACCACGUCGCGCAUGUCACCUUCGACCGCCUCCCGGGCUUCCUUGGCCUCCCCGUCGAGUUCGAGCUCCAGAUCCCCUGCCCAGCCCCCAGCGCCAGUGCCAGCGUGUUCGGGGUGUCGCCGGAGUCGAUGCAGUGCGGCUACAACGACAGGGGCAACUUGGUGCCCAAGAUCCUCCUGCUCAUGCAGGAGCGGCUCUACUCCCAGGAUGGCCUCAAGGUAGCACAACUGCGCAAGCACAUUACUCUGUUCCUCUUUGCUAGCUGA